AUUUCUGCCUGCCUCCAACCUGCAAACAUGCCUUCCUCAUCACAUCUCCGCCUACAAACCUCCUUCGAGCCCAUCUCUGCCGAGACCACUCGCUCCCACUUUGUCGCUUCACCACCCCAGAAGAAGCAGAAGAUGUCUCUCACCCAAACCUACUACAUCGCCGCCUCGGCCCGCUCCAAGCUGGGCAAGGAAGCCUCCCGUGCCGACCACAACCUCCGCCUGCUAGUCGGCCACGCCAACCUCCUCGAUUCCCUCAUGGUCGAGCUCCAAGACGCCGAGAGGCAGCAGGAGGCCUGGUUCCACAGCACCGUCGCCAAAGCAUCCAAGGCCGAAGAGUCGAGGCACGUGCAAUGGGUCGACCGCAUCGUCGAGGAGAUGGACGAAGACUCCGACUCUGCCUCCGAUUCCGACGACGACUCCGACUUCUACGACGAGGAGGGUGACUUCGACAUGGUCGCCGCGCCCCGCCGCGUAGAGGUCACCACCACCGAGGUCGACGACGACGAGGACCAAGAGUACGACGAUUUGGAGGACGAUGCCGACCUUGCCCUCACCCGCGUCUCAUCACAACAAUCACCACCCGAGCUCGUACACGACGAAGACUCGGACGACGAGUCGCCUCCCGUCUCGCCGCCUUCCGUCUCCAUGGAGUUCUCCGACAAGCAACUCGCAACUUCAUAUUACGACGCCAAGUCGCAAUCAUCGCUCUUCGAGCAUGAGCUGCACUAUCUGCGCGAAUCCAACGCUCCGCUCAUCACAAGCUAUUAA